AUGACAGACAUGCGGCAAUCAGCCUUCGCCUACCCUUCACCAGCAUCGCACCUUCCUCGAACAGAUUUAUCACUUCGCGAGAUUCUCGAUACUUAUCGAGACAAUAAUGACUUGCUAAAACAGAUUUUGGUAGCGAAGGCCGAAGAGGACAAGCGACGAGCCGAAGAAGAAAAAUACAAAACCGAACAACUCCGACUGCAAUGCAAGCAAGUAGAACUGGAAAUGUUGAGGGAACAAAAGAAGCCGCCAACUAUAUUUACUGGUGUUCCACCGACUACACCGACAAGCGCAGGUGGACGUCUCUCGCCCCCAUCAUCAGGCAACAAUACACAUGAAAACAGUAACAACAAUAAUGUUCUUCCAUUUGGCAGUCAUCAUCAUCACAGUAGUGGUAAUAGCAGUAAUAACAGCAAUGGUGGAAUAACAGCUCCACAUAAUCACAGUUAUCAUAGCAAUAGCAGCAAUAACAGCAAUCAACGACCACAAUUAACACUUUCAAUACCGCCUCCCACCACGCCCAGCGGUAGUUCUUCGACCACUAAUAAUAACAAACGUCCUAAACUUUCAGAACCUGAAGUCAAUCAUGAGUAUGUGAUGGAAGCAUUACGUAACAAAGUACGUCAGAAUGCUGAAAAUCCAGCAAAGAAAUACAUGAAACCACAACAACCAUCAGCCACUUCAUCACCUUCAUCAAACACAAACAACACGCCACACGCCAAUUCCCCGAAUCAACAAUUACCACCAAUGAAUAUACAUUCACCGCAACUACAAGAACAAGUUGCAAAAUCUUGA